AUGUCUAUUUGGACUUGCGAGGGUCUGACUUCGUCCGUGAAGGUAACUUAUGGGGUGCUUCAAGGCGAGAUGAAGCGACUUCCCCUGAGAAUUCCCCAUUUGAGGCAUCAUCGAGUAUCCCAGAGGGGUCCAUACUUUGAAAAUAUCGAAGGUCAAGAGAUCAACUGUUCCCAAAAUGUGGUCCAAUUAGGAGAUACAGCUUUACUCGAUUGUCGCAUAGUUAUGCUCUCCGAUAGGACGGUCAUGUGGAUACGUCAGAGUCCUGACAGGACUUUCCUGCUCACUAUGGGAAAGAGCACGCACACAGCUGACCCGCGAUACAGUGUUAAAUUUAAAUACCCUAAUAAUUGGAGACUAGCAAUUACUUCAGCCCAGAAAGAAGAUCGAGGACUGUAUGUUUGUCAAGUUAAUACACAUCCUCCUAGAAUGCUGAUAACAAACGUCACUAUACUAGCACCUGACAUUAGAAUUACAGACGACUUCAAUCAUGAGCUACGAGAUCGUUAUUACAAAACCGGAAGUGGCAUUGAGCUCGUGUGCAUUGCUCGCUCUUCGCAGUCCGGCUCAAGAGUGCCGCAUCCCGCGUGGAAGAAAAACGGCGAUACGUUGCCAGAUCAUGUUAAUAUCCAGCACAAUAACGGGUCUGACAGAGAAUUGGUCACAAGAUUGCGCAUCGAUCUUGCGAAAAAGACUGAUAGUGGGGAAUACUCGUGUUCUAUUGGCCAAUUCAGCAGAACAAUCGUCAACAUUCAUGUUCUCAAUGGGGAAAAGCAAGCAGCUGUUCACCACGAUCAAUGGAAUGCAGCAAUGACGAUCAAUCAAAACUUCAAGAGCGUAUUUCUCUCAUCAAUAAUCGCUUCAUUAUUCUAUGGAUAAUUUGGUCUCUUUCUAUGAAUGGUAAACUGUGAUACAAAUCUAGAGUCAACAUUUAUACAAAGCGGCUACCAAUGAGCUGUGAAGACAUCGAAGAAAAUUCUAAUCGAUGUGUACAUUAAUUAUAUUUAUUUUAUGUAUACAUAUAUAUUGAGAGCGCACAAGCCUGCAUUGAUUUUAUCUUUUGAAUACAAGCACCCAUUUGUGUAUUAUUUUUACGCGCUGAACACGAUUCCAUCCUAAAAAUUACAUAUCACGUCAUGUUUUUGAGAAAAUUUGGGCUGACUCCCCCAAAAAAAGGGUUUUUGGCCAUCUUCGAAUAUUAUUCACACAUGAACCCGUCGUGCCAGAGACUUCAAAAAGCUUUCAAAUUGAAGCUUGUGUCUUUCACUAUAUUGGAUCUAAAACUUUUUUGCGAAUAAGUAUUGAAAACUUAAUACUUUUCUGCGAAAAGGGUACUGGAUCAAAUACUUACCAAUACUUUUUUUUCAUACGGGGAGUAUUGUUUUAAUUGCUCGGAACUUCAUGCUUAAAAGAAUAGAGCCACCCAACGCUAUAUUUUUGGAGGACUAUUUCAAUAGGAAAAAUAGCCCUCAAAUGAUAAUUUUUUUUACAUUGUAUGGCUGAUGUAAUACAAGGUCGAAAUGCAAUUGGAAAUCUUUCGAAGUCUGCAGCACGUCUGUUUCAUGUGUUAGAAAUUGAACAAAAUGAUUCUUGAAAAUUACAUGUUUUGGGAGUCUUAACUUGAAUUUUUUCCAAAACUUAAUGUGAUUGAUAAUUGAUAGGCUCCAAAUCAUUAUCAGUGCACAAAAAUACAUUGCAAAGGCCUAGUCGAAUUUACAAGACAAACAAAGUUGAAAAAAUGCAGGCCUGUGUUGUUUUAGGUUAUAUUUUAGACUCGAUUCACAAAAGAACGAGAUUUCUCCUUCUCCUGAAAACUACAUAUUUUUUGAUAACUACUCUGAAUUAAAUAGAAAUAUGUUUUGCGUUUAAUUUGUUCUUUCAUGAGAAAAUUUAGGAAGAAAGGAAGUUUUAGUGAUGCAAGAAUUAUUAUCAAAAAAACUUCUAGUCUCUAUAUUUGCACAAAAUAAAGAAACUGUAAAACUCCUGCAAUAAUAACAGCAUAUUUUUCAUUAUUUGAACUUUUAAAUACUUCCUAUUUAAAAAUUGAGCCCUUUUCCAGUGAAUCGUUCUCAACACUUUCGCAAUAAUACAAAAAUUUACAUUGCAACCACGUGUAAGAUUAAAAUUAUGUGUGAGUAUAUAUGUUAAUUGUGAGUGAGUUUGGAUCAAGGUUUAAAAUUAAUACCAUUAGAUCCUGUAUUAUUAUUAUUAUUAUCAUCAUUAUUGUUAAUAAUAUUAAGGUUGAUGCAUACAUGAAUAUGGGUUCUAAUGGAAUAGAGGUUUUGUUUUUUUGCGGUUGAUAAGCUGUACAUAUAAUUGAAAGCUAUAAAAUUAUUGUAAGAAAGUAAUUUAAGACCACGAGAUUGUAUGAAAUGAGGGGCUAUUCAGUGAGUUACGAUAAGUGCAAGCAUUCCUGAUUUUCCAAAAGAGCGUGAUCAAUAAUCUGAGUGAAGCUUGAAAUGUGCUGAGUGAAGCUGAGUUGAGUGGAGCGGUGUGAAGAAGAACGAGUCAGGGUUGGCGAGAAUUGAAAGAAUUCAGAAAAAGUGGAAAGAAUAAGGACGAAUUUAAGAAAUACAAGAAGAUCUAGAAGAGUACAAAAGGACUUUUAAGAAUAUUUGUGGGCAUGAUCCACUCCAGUAAUUUUGCCAAAAGAAAUGUAAAAUCUGUCUAUUUACCUAUCUCUGUACUCAAAAUAUAUAUACCAAUUUUAAAAACUGUGCUUCAAACAUAAAACUUCUCAACAUAUCACCUCUUCGGGGAUUUCAUGAUUGCAUAUUUUUUUCUUUCCCAACAAAGUUUCCUUUCACCGUUUUUUAUAAUGUAAAAAGGUCAUUUUUGAAAAAGUAACCUUAAUGGAUAUUUUUACCUCGGCUCGUUCCAAAAAAGGAAGUUCUGGAUAUUUUUUCAAGAAAAUAAGGGUGGCGACC